CAGUCAGAACAAAUGUACCAAAGUUCAGAGAGCUGUUUACUAGGCACAACUGUGAAUGCGAGAGGGCACCAGCUCAGGACUGCAUCCUCCUGCCAUUUCCCUUCCACUCCUCCUUUCUGGAGUCUGACAUUAGAAAGCCAGCGAGAAGGAAGAUUCAAAUAACCAACCCUAAUUUCCUGCUUCUCCUUUUCAUUGUUCCUGUGGGCUCUUCACCUGCUUUCUUUCUCUCUCCAUUCAGGCGACACACCCAACCAUCUCUACCUGACUCUCCAUCAAUUCCCGUUUAUCCCCCUGAGCUAUUGCUUCAGCAUCAUGACCAGACCAGACACAUCGACCCAGUUUGUGUCAGACCCCAAGGCCUCUAUAUAUGAGUGAACUUCCUUCAGUCUCACAACAGCGCAUGAAGAACGUGACAACUGACGCAUCACAGAUGAGGAUGUGAGGCUCAGGCUGGCUACGUAACUUGCCAGGAUCACAUGACUUGUCCCCCCGCAGAAGGCAGGAGAGAUGGCCAGGCCAAGGCCUUGGUGGGGCGACCAGCUGCUGUUCAUGAGCAUCAUUGUCCUCACAGUUGUGGUCAUCUGCCUGAUGUUCUACGCUCUCCUCUGGAAGUCUGGGGACCUCAUCGACCUGCCCGAUCUGAGAAUAGGCUUCUACAACUUCUGCCUGUGGAAUGAGGAUGCCAGCAGCCUACAGUGUCACCAGUUCCCUGAGCUGGAGGCCCUGGGGGUGCCUCUGGUUGGCCUGGCCCUGGCCAGGCUUGGCGUGUACGGGGCCCUGGUCCUCACCCUCUUUUCCUUUCAGGCUCUCCUCCUAGCCUGGUGCAAUGGUAAUGACAGAGAGUGGCAGCUAGCAGUGGGCUUCCUGGCUGUGUCCUCCAUGCUGCUGGCCGGCGGCCUGGGCCUCUUCCUCUCCUGUAUGUGGAAGUGGGUCAGGCUCUCCCUCCUGGGGCCUGGGUUUCUAGCUCUGGGUAGCGCCCAGGCCUUACUCAUCCUCUUGUUAAUGGCCACAGUUAUGUUCCCUCUAAGGGCUUAGAGGGCUUACAGCGAGCUUGAGAGCUGCUAAAGGCUUAUGUGAUUGCAAGGGUUCAGUUCCAACUAUGGUCGGAGGUGGCACAUCUGCUCAGCCAUCUCAUUUUAUAGCUAACACUGAUCUCCAGCUCCAGCAGAUGGAACCUACUGCAGAGGAGGUGGGGCCCCCGUGUCAAAGAGGCCAAGGGGCAGCAAGGGCAGCCAGGGCACCUGCGGCUUCUUAGUAUAGGAUUAUCUGUCCUUCACGACUUCCAAGGCUCCCAAGGACUCCCUAAAACCACGCAGCUCAUUGUCAUACCAAUUCCUGCUUUAAUUAAUGGGUCUGAGCAAAUCUUCCUCUAGCUUCAGGAGGGUGGGGAGGGAGUGAUUCCUGUCAGGAGGUCAGAAUUCCAGGCUGAUUCACCAAAUGCCAAACUGAAACCUAGCAAAGACUUAUGGAAACAAAUGAGGAUAUUAAAAGAGCGAGCACCUCAGUGCUUCUGGGCGCCUGCUUAAGGAGCUUCCGCUCAGCCCACGAUGGUGAGUGGGCCGCCAUAAGCCGCCACUGGGAUUCCAACCCCAGAGGUCCAGGAGUGAUCUCUGAGUGACUCAACAAAGACAGGACACAUGGAGCACAAAGACAAGCCUUGGUUGCUUCAAAGCUUCCCUGGACUUGAAGCGAGUCAGGGCAGAGGCAUCCGCUGGCAAAUCACUCCCAUGAUGAGACCCUGGAGGACACCAAAUCCUCGGUGUGAUCAGGACUGGACGGUUGCACACAUACAAAUGCUGCCACCCUCCACUUCUCAACCCAGAACUGGGAAAGACAUUAGCACUUAAGGAAAGACUUAAGCACUGGGGAAUUGUGUGUAUUUUCCAGCACCUGCGCAUUGGAAAACCUGUAUGGCAAAUGAUUCACUCAUUUAUUCCUGUCCAAAACCACACUGAAAAGAAACACAGAAACAUGUA